AUGCAAUCACGCGUAAAGCUCCGAUCCUGUGGCGCGAAUGCAGCUGGCAUUGUGCCGCCCUCGGUAGUGCUAUCCGAAAUGGCUCCGCGAGUAGUUCGGUCACAGAAAACCGACCACAAACUUGAGAGCAGCUUUGAGGACCUCAAAGCUGCUAUCGAUAAAUUGAACCCCUCGGAAAGUGACUUGUACGCUAUUUUCGCUCCUGUUAGAGCGUGCCUUUGGCGGCGAUUGCUUUUAAAGUGGUUUAAAGUUGCGAUAGGCUGUGUGGUUGCGGGAAUGGUAAUCUAUUACGUGCCGACGGUUAAUUGGCACGUAACCGCCGUCGGUCGUUUGCUCAUGAUCGAGCUUCUCCCCUUCUGGGACUGGACACCACUGUACCGUUCGAAGUGUUUAAUUUCGAAAACGACCGCAGAUCCCGCUCCGAGUAAAUCCGAAUCGCUACGUUUGCUAUCCGACGAUUGCAUGGUUUGCGAUAAUCUGGCUUCCAUACCGAUGCGGGAAAACGUUAGCUAUGAAAGUUUGUUCCGCCACCAUCUUAUGCGUCAGAUUCCGAUCAUCGUACCAGACGGGCAGCCGAGGUGGGAAGAACACGAACGAUACGAUGGCAAUUGGAGCCGAUUCCUGGCCGACGUCGAAGACCUACUGCUCAGCAAUCCGUGUGACCUUCAAACCAAUCUCCUGUUCAAACCGUCCACCGCGAAACCUUCUGCCUUGGCGCGAAUGGUGGACCUACUGGCGCGUGAUACUGAGCGGAAGGAAUCGAAGGAUAGCGUCGGCGGUUGGUUCGUACAGUUUCGCAACUGUGCACUGCGAACCGUGAAGAAGACGAGGAUCAUGUUCCGGAAACCGUACUUCUACGCCGCCCAUUGGGAAUCACCGUUCACGAGCUGGUUUCUGCUAUCGGCAGGCUACGGUGGGGCGCGAGAAAUUCGCCCCAACAUGGCAGGACUGGUGAUCGUGAGUCAGCUUCGAUCCGCGCUGAAUGUGACGCUGGAACCCCGCUACGAAUGUGAGGCCCGGUGUCGUACGGUACGGCUGGUGUUGCAGGAACGACACUCGUUGCUGUUCUCCACAACGCUGUGGAGCUUCAGCUACUCUCCGUCGCAACUGAACCGGGCAUCGGUUACGUUUGUCAGCGAGACGUACGACGAUGUGUGA